AUGGCGUCAGGUGUCGAUGCUCGACUGCUGAAGUCGACCAAGUUCCCUCCAGAGUUCAAUCAGAAGGUGGACAUGCAAAAGGUCAACAUCCAUGUUAUUAAGAAAUGGAUCGCCAGCCGCAUUUCCGAGAUUCUGGGCAACGAAGACGACGUGAUCAUCGAGCUCUGCUUCGCCCUGAUUGAGGGAGCGCGCAAUCCCGAUAUCAAGUCUCUGCAAAUCCAGUUAACAGGGUUCCUCGAGAAGGACACCGCUACUUUCUGCAAAGAGCUCUGGAAGCUUCUUCUGAGUGCCCAGUCUAGUCCACAGGGUGUCCCCAAAGAGCUUCUUGAGGCAAAGAAGCUGGAGCUGAUGCAAGAAAAGGCAGAUGCAGACCGUAGUGUCGACGACACGCGUCGCCGUCGCGACGAGGACGACCGCCGAGCCCGGGAUUUUUCCGACAUCGUCUCGGGGAAGUCAACGCUCGCGCAGUCGCAGUACUUCGAGAGGCAGUUCGAAAGCGGGACGAGCCAGGCGCUCCCGGAAAAGAUCCAGGUCCAGAUCUGGGUCCCGGUCCCGGUCCAGGUCGCCGCAACGCAGACCCGGAGCACAGAAUGGAAUGAAUCGCGACGGCCGCCCACGACGAUCGCCAUCCACAUCGCCUGA